CCCUUGUCCGUACCUUCUAUAUACAUAUAUAGACACACAGUACUUUCACCAUCAUCAUCGCCAACUAUUGACAUUAAGGGACAAUCAGAAACAAUAAUGGAGCAGAGACCCUUGGAGUUAACUGUAGUUUCCGCAGAAGGUCUCAAAAAGGUGAAACAUCUCUCCAAGAUGGACGUAUACGUCGUCGUUAAAGUCUCAGGAGGAGAGUCGACCACCGAGCAGAAAACGCCGGUGCACAAAGACGGUGGAACCAGUCCCAAGUGGAACCAUCCCAUGGUGUUUAGCUUCAACGAGUCACUUGCUCAAACAAAUACUACUGAUCUGGCCAUCACUUUUAGGCUCAUGUGUUGCCGCACUUUUCGUGGUGACAAAGAGAUUGGUGAAGCUCGAGUUCCCAUAAAGGAGCUACUCGACGGCGCCGGUAACGGUAACUCUGCUAAGUACACUACGUACCCGGUUAAGAAACCCUCGGGUAAGGCAAAAGGUAAGCUCAACUUUGUGUAUAGGUUUGGGGAGAAAGCAGCUAAUGCAGUCCCUGCGUAUCCAUUGGUUAUGACGGCAAUGAAUCCACUGUACCCUCCGUCGCAUAAUGCAGCUGUGCCGGCUUAUCCUACCGUUGGUUAUAGUUAUCCACCUCUAGGGUUUCAGCAGCUACCAGUUCAAGAAGGGUACAAACCAGCUCCACAACCACCCGCUGGGUAUCCUCCUGUGGGGCCUGGAUUGUAUUCUACACCACCACCGGCAGGGUAUCCACAAAUGGGACCGGGAAAUGGGUACCCGCCGGUUGUUCAGCCGGAGAGAAAGAAUGAGAGUGGUGAUGGGUUGACAUUGGGAGCCGCAGCAUUGGUGGGGGGAUUGCUUGGUGGGAUCUUGCUAGGGGAUAUGGUGUCUGAUGCAGCCGCUAGUUUCGAAGCUGGUUGUGAUCCAUAUGCCAACGCUGCUGAUUACAUUUAAGUUUGCUACCUCCCUGUUUGUAACAUUGGUGCUGAAAAUAUGGUUCAUUUGAUAAAAUGAUGUUGCAUUUAAGUUGAGCACCAAAAAUAAAAAUGUAUUUGUAUCAAGGAUUUAUUACAACGCGACUCGAUUUAACUUUUA